AAGGCACGUCGUUACCUGGGGAUCCUUUCAGAAUUGGUAAGUUGCAAGUACUUACUUGUUGCACGUUGUUAACAGCUUGUUCCAAGGUUGUUACAACAACUGGGGAACAAGUUGUGCGAACACAACUUGUCGACAACACAACUUGUCGACGGCUUGUGAACAGAUUUGUAACAACUUGUUUGCAGACCUGUAACAACUUGUGCGUUUUUACGUGUGUGCUGUGCGAUCAACUUGCUAGCAUUGCUAACUCUGAGGCUUUCGUUUUAUUUAACCAGAAACGGAGGACGAACCCCCAGCAGAUUCAAAAGCAUCAUUUAACCCUUUGUUUAUCGCCAUAUUGUGUGUGGCAAUUCCUCUCAUUGUUGUCGGCGUUCUAGUCGGUGGCAAAAGAGUGUUUGCCAAACUAUGGCUUCCCGAAGGCUUCCCAACACGUCACAUAAGGCGACAAUCGCAACGUCGGGAUCCUGUCGGAGAGGAUUCGGCAGACAAGAGGUAAGAUCGUGUGGUAAUUCGCGUGCUCAUAAAUACGGCAAACAGUCAAUAUGUCAAGUCUUGAGGUCAUUUGCAUUAAUUGUAGUGUUGAAACGUGGCUAACAAUAUUGCAUCCAUGAUGUUCGACCAACCUGUUUCCUCGUUUGAAUGGGCCUUCAGGCCGUCGCCAGAAAAUAGUUGGCUUUUUAUGUGCAUUUUACAGUAGCGUAUUAUUUUGUAAUAAUAUUCCCUUUUUCCAGCUCUGUAAGUAAAAGCAGUUCCUCGGAGGAGAUUGCGGACGAAGCUUACCAACAGCAGUAUUCGGGCGCCCGUCCUGCCAAACGUUUUAAACUUAUCGACUCCGAUGGGCCAAUGCGGAUUGCGAAUCCGAAAGACAACCGACAAUGGACCGCCAUUCACAAGGAAGUUGCGAACGUGAACAACGGAACUGUCUCCAGUCUCUCCGUACUCACUCCGCCACAGGAGGGCCAAGAGUGUGCCACUGCUCAACAAUCUGACGUGAAUGCGGUCGGGCCUGGAGGGAUAACCCCUAUGAUGUUGGCUGUUUCUCGAGGGAAUUAUCUCGAUGGCGCUUACGAAGAUGAGAACAGUGAUGACAGUGGUGCCCAAGUAUGUAACAAUGUAUUUAUUUUCAAUAACAGUAUUAAAGUGUCAUCCAGUCAUAAUCUAGUGAUCGGAAUGUUCCAUUGUCUUUUCAUUGUGUUGAAUAUCCCACUGUUUUUUAGUCACUCAUUGACCUCAUUUAUCUCUCUACAGAUUGUUGGAGAAUUGAUCCAGUUUGGCGGGGCCCUGGAAUCGAGGUCUGAUGAUUCCAAAGAGACACCGUUACACUUUGCCGCAAGACAUGCGCGCGCAGAUGCCGCCAAGAGGCUGCUGGAUGCGGGUGCUGAGGCCAAUGCACGUGACAGGACGGGAAGGACGCCUCUACAUUUAGCUGUAACGGCUGACGCACAAGGAGUGUUCCAGGUAAAGUAGAUUUAUCGCAAUCAAGCACAAAGCCAGUUUACAACAGUUUAGUUCCAUGGGUGUUGGAUGUUGGGAUCCGAGGUAACCACGUUACCUGCAAAUGACUGGAGCUACUGCAAGCCUCGGUCAGAAGGUCUUGUGCACGCCAGUACAGCAGAAAAUUUCAAUUUUUCCCAGUAUCUUUUUGCAAUAUUUCCCGACCAGAUUUGAUAGGUGUCUCUUUUCUAUUUUCAAACUUUGUGUAGUCUGACUAUUUUCCUGUUCUGUGGCCAAAUUUUAUUUAUCAAAUCUUGAACCGCCAAGCUCUGAGUUAUGUUUCCUAGUGCCAAAAUUGACGCCCAGUUGCCCAAAAUGUUUCUCCCAGUGAGCCGAUCCCAUAGAAAUCCCCUGUCACAACUCGCAAGCUAUGUCCCAAACCUGCCCCUGCUGCUCGCUAACUGCAAAUUAUUCUUGGUUAUCUGCAAGAAAAGUAAAUACACAGGCAUGUUUAUUUCCCUUUGUAAUGAAACCGCUAGGAAGAACUGAAUAAUGCCGACAUUAACAUUUUUCUUUUAUCUUCAGCUCUUGUUACGACAUCGUACGACGGAACUCGAUGCUCAGUCCGAUGAUGGCACGACGCCUUUGAUCUAUGCCGCUCGGUUUAUGGUCGACGACAUGGUUGAGGAUUUGAUUAAAGCAGGAGCGAAAGUGAAUCUUACUGACAAACAAGGUAUGUAGUAGGACGGUUAGCGUGCUGUCCCAGAAGUACCACCAGAUACGAAGUUACAAAUGAGUCGGACACCAAUUCACUUAGGUCUGACAAACAGUGAACCUCAGUUUCACUUAGAUCUGACGGAAUGUCCGGUGGUUUUCUAUCUACGUCGGACAAUUUUACGAAUGGGUCGGACAAUGUCCGUGACCGACCGAUAUUUUAAGGCCUGGUUCAGCUGCGUCCCUUGCAAUACAACACUAUUGCACAAGAAAAGAAAACCUUACGAAUCCUUACAUUCACUUUUUAUCAUUGCAGGCAAAACAGCAUUGCAUUGGUCAGCGUCUGUGGACAACGAGAAAGCUACAGCACUUCUACUCAAAAAUAAUGCGAAAAAAGACGCCCAGGACUCGAAAGUAUGUUAUCUAGUAAAACAUUUAUUGCAUAAGGCAUGCAUAAAAAUAGUAAAUAAACAGUUUCCAGCAGGGGGUGUUGGUGAAGCAGUGUCUCUUGUGAUCGAGGCUUGAUAUUCUAACUGCACAUUGUUAUUUGAUUAUAAGUUUGUGAAAAGAGUGCUUCCAGUUUGACUGUACUAAGUAAUGCAGGGUUUUUUCCGGAUAUUCCAGUUUGCUGCUGUAGUAACACUGGGUUAAUAAGCGAUUGCCCUCACGGGACCUUUGGGAAGAACUAAUGGAUCUAUGAUCUAUCCAGUUUAAGUUCAGUUUUCCCCCUUACUGAACCUUCUACACAGAACAGUUAGAAUAAGCCAAACACCGAACUGAUUUAGAAGAGAUCCAGUUAGCUGCUCACUUUCAGAGACUAAUGUUUCGUGUGUUUCGUUGCAGGGUCAGACUCCAUUAUUUCUCGCAUCAAAGGAAGGCGGUGCAUCGGUUGUAAAAAUGCUUCUUUCGUCAUUUGCUAACCGGAAACUGGCUGACAACAUGGAUCAAUCUCCAUUGGACAUUGCUAAGCAACGGGAGCACGCUGACAUCGUCAAGCUUCUUUCUGAUUGGUCAAUUGGAUGUAAAUCUCCAACCGCUGCGCCGGCGCCAACAUCUCCUCACGAAGAGUUGUCCCCACAUGCCGCGAGAACACUCUCACCACCCGACGUCAGGCCGAAGACAAACGGCAGCCCUGGAAUUGCCGGGCGACCAGACACACACCAGAAACCCAACAGAAAGAAACGCAGGAAACCACGGAACGACAGCGACAGUCAACAACCUGUCCCCGUCGCCAUGAUAGUCAGCAACCACAGCCCAGGGAAUAGCAUAUCACCCAGACAAGGUCUAUCACCGUUUAGCAAUAAUAGUUAUGGCGGGAGUCUCAGUCCUUCAAAUUCAACUUUCUCGCCACCACUACAUCUCGUGGACAAUACGACGUCACCACUUCGAGAUUCGGACCACGUCCUCGGCGGGAUCUCAGACGCGGAUUUCUACUCGUUCGCUGAAGAGUUCGGUUCCUAUGGCAACCAACCCCAUGACGAGACAUUGAGUCCGGAAUUUUUGAAUAUCGAAAACCCCGUAGAUUUUGCGAUGUUGUUAAAUAACCCUAAUAUUCAACAAACAGGGAAUCAGGACUGUCUGUACGCGAAUCAAUACCCACCCGACAAUGUGAUUCUGCCCAAUGGUGUGGACAAUCCAGCGCGCAUGCGCCAGAGAACUCAAGGGCCACCCUCAAAAACCUGGGUGCGAUCACCAUCCGAAAUGACUGCUUGGAAUUCAAUGUGCAGUAACGGACCGAUGAAACAGCAUGCGCCACCAGUACAGAUGAACGGCGGUUAUCAUCGUGAGCCGAGGAAUCGAGACUGUCAAUACCCUACGCCCCCUUACGAACUUUCCCCGACCUCCAACUCGCCGGAGAAUCAAUGGUGCUCGUCGUCAUCACGAUCGUCAAAUUCCGAUUGUUCGACAUGCUAAUUCGUACCCAGUCGAUUGGCUGAUGUUUCGCGUAUCAACGCAUUGUCGAGGAAGCCUGGAUACGAGAAAGGCACCUAGAGCAUUCAUAAGAAUCAAAGGGUAAUGCUAAGGUUUCAGCUUGUAACAUCAGGUCACCGAACAAGGUCUAUGGCUCUGUAUACGUUGCCGAACUAAUAGCCUGCAAGGCAGGUGCUUUCCCGCUUAUCCCCAGCCUGCAAGCGCCUGCCUCUACCAAACUAUCGUUACUUAGAUUAAAUCGAUUACUUACAUUGUCUCGUAUGCAUGCGAGUUUCACUCGACACCUUAGAGCUUGUUUUCUGACCUGAGCUGGUGAAUCCAAAAUAAACUUCAGAUUUGUCUUUGAGAAUAAGUGUUGCAUUUUAAAGAGCAACUGAUGUUCUUAAGUUUCAAACAGUUGUACUUCCAACAGAUUUUUCGUCCAGUGUCAUUUUAAAAUCAAUGGGGGACUCAAUGAGCUAGUUCAUUCAUGUGAUCAUCCAGUUCAUAGCUCACAUGUCUAGUUACCGCUGUUUUGAUAAUGUAAGUAUAGAAUUGAACAAAGGUAACCAAACAUUUAAAUUAUAUAUGUGAGUGAACUGGGUGACGUUACCGAUCUUUUCACACAUUCUCGCGACAAAUCCAAAGUUUUAAAUGUCUGUUGUUGACAGUGUACAUAAAAUAACCGAAACGACAAGCGAUUCGUUUCAUUUCACUCGCGACUUGCAGUGAAAGCCGCCAACAAAAUGGCCGAACAAUGAACAUUAUAUUCAGUUUUAGAUCAUUUCCAAUCUUGCGCUGUAAGAACAAGAUAAUAUAUUUUUGUUGUAUUAUUUAACUUAAAGUUUUAUGUAAAUAUUUAACGCUGUAAAGAAGUGAUAUACCGAAUUAUUGCCCUGCUUAAAGGUGCUACCUCGCCAAAGAUUUUGUGCAAGUGGAUGAGCUCAACAAAAAUGGAAAAUUCUCUGUGAAACCAUAUUAAAUUUUUAGGCAUUUAUCAACCGAAAUUUACCCUAGGAAACAUACCAAAAAUGCUCUACUAUUGGUCUCGACAUACCCAGCGCUUUCGCACUAUUCGUUUCUGUUCAGCGCAUGCGUAUUUAUCAAAGAAUUGCGCCUUUAAGUGGGUUCAAGGUAUAUCUUUGAAUUUAACAUAUAGUAGCAGUAUUUGCUGUUAGUACUUCAAUUACGGUUCUACUUCGUAAGUAAUGUAUAUUCGUAUAUUACGGUUCAGUAAAUAGAGUUUUUAGAAUAAAAUUAUUUUUAC